AUGCUCCUAAUUGUAGUCGACGCAUACAGCAAGUGGCUCGAAGUGCGCACCACGCGGAACAUACAGUCGCCGACACUGAUCGAGGAACUGCGAAACCUGUUCGCAACUUUCGGCAUUCCCGAAAGGGUGGUCACGGAUAACGGUCCGUCCUUUGUUUCUGCGGAAAUGGAAGAAUUUCUGAAGAAGAAUCGGGUGACGCACAUCACAAGUGCACCCUAUCAUCCGGCCACGAAUGGGCAAGCCGAAAGAAUGGUGUAUGAAACGAAACAGGCACUUGCAAAGGAUCAGUCGGGUACAUUUGCGUGCAGGCUGGCUCGUUUUCAGCUGAAACAGCACACCACCGUUUCAGUAACGACGGGCAAAACGCCAGCUGCACUCAUGUUCGGCCGCGAGCUCUCAACGGCACUGACACGCAUUCAGCCGCGACCAGCUGAGAGGGUGACCACUGACCACAACGUUUCUAAAUCGCCAAGAAAGGUAGCCAUCGGGCAACAAGUCUUUUUCCGCAACUUUGCAGGAAGUCCUGCUUGGGUUGGCGGAACCGUGUUAAAGAGACUCGGACAUCGAUCUUGGCUAAUCAAGUCAAGAAGCGGAACGGUUCGUCGGCACCUUGAUCACAUAAAGCCAGGUGCAGAGGCCUACCCGAGAGAAGAUUCGCCGCGGAACGAUCAAACGAACGGACCAGUAGCAAGUGUUCAACAAGACACAGUGCCGGCUCCGUACGUGAUCUCGCUCCCAGCGGAAGCGCCGCCGCCGCAUGAUCUGCCCACAACGCCCGACUCCGAGCAUAGCGAAGCUGAGGCCGGGCUGGACACUUGUGCGACGCAAGCUCGCGAUGACCAACCCAGCGGGUCCGCGCAGCACCAAGGUGCGCCUAGGCCCCAACGUGAUCGGCGUCCACCUGACCGAUACAGUGACCCCGUCUAA